UGCUGAGUGUUGAGUGCCUCUUGAUCAACAGAGAACAUUGAUCUUGACCGAGUUGGCCUAUUCACACAUUUGCUUUCCUUUUUAUUGAAGUCGAAACAGAAGAUUUUACUCCAGAAUUUGGACAAAAUGCAAGCUUUCCUAAAAGGAGGGACCUCAUCAGCUGCUGCUAAAGAGAAGACUCAGUCGCCUGGUCCAUCAGCUUCAGGCACAAAGUCUCAGAAAGGAAAAGAUGGAAAAGCCAAACCGGUUCCUUGGAUAGAAAAAUACCGACCAAGAAGUGUCGAGGAUGUGGCGUACCAAGAUGAAGUGAUUGCUGUACUAAAAAAAUGCAUUCAGGGAUCUGAUUUGCCGAAUUUGCUGUUUUAUGGCCCACCAGGAACAGGAAAGACAUCCACCAUUUUGGCUGCAGCUCGACAGUUGUUUGGACCCGAAUUGUUCCGUAAUCGAGUGUUGGAACUCAACGCUUCAGACGAGAGAGGGAUCAGCGUUGUUCGGGAGAAAGUGAAGAAAUUUGCUCAGCUAACUGCAGGUGGAUCGCGCAGCGAUGGAAAGCCGUGUCCACCCUUCAAGAUCAUCAUUCUGGAUGAGGCCGACUCUAUGACCAAAGACGCUCAGUCUGCGCUGAGGAGAACAAUGGAGAAAGAGUCAAAGACAACUCGCUUCUGCCUCAUCUGCAACUACGUGAGUCGCAUCAUCGGACCAAUCACCUCCCGUUGUGCAAAGUUCAGGUUCAAAGCUCUCGCCACAGACAUCUUGACCUCAAGGCUGAAGGCAAUCUGUGAAGCAGAGGGGGUUAGCAUUGAGGAUGCUGCAGUAGACGCCCUUCUCGCGGCUUCAGGCGGUGACAUGAGAAGAGCCAUAAUGUACCUACAGAGUGCCUCUCGGCUGUGCGGACAGGAUGGGACCAUUUCUCAGAGUAUGAUCUUCAAUAUUGCGGGGGUGGUACCAGAAGAUAGCCUUGAUCAGCUGAUUUCCACAUGCUCCUCAGACUCCUAUGAAGAGCUGGACAAAGUAGUAAAGAAUGUAAUCUUUGAAGGAUAUGCUGCUUCCCAGAUUCUGGAACAACUUUUCGACAAAGUGGUUAAUAUGAAUACGCUUUCAGACCAACAGAAAGCUAUCAUUUUUGAAAAAAUGGCGCACACCGACAAAUGUCUACUGGAUGGAGCAGACGAGUAUUUGCAAUUAAUGGCUCUGUUUUCUACCAUCAUGCAGCAGUCUUGUCACGGGAGUUGAAAUUUCUACCACCAUUAUGAUCAUCAACCAGCAAAGCCAAGCAAGAUACUACCUACUACCUUUGUUCAUACUGCUAUUUGAAUUCGUCAUCUAGCAUCAAACAAAAUCAUGUUUCGUGACAAUUUGAACAAAAUUAAAUCGUUUACAUCUAUAUUUCUGAUCAAACAAUCUAAUCUCAAUGUUUGUAUACAGAGACAUUGAUACCAAAGAUGGAAACAUUAAAAUUUGGACAUUUUGAAUACUUGAUGUACUUGGAUUUUGAUCCAAAUGGCAGCAUAGGUGGUAUUAUUAAGUGAGUUGAACUUUCAAGUCGACUUAUGAUAGUGUUGAUACAGGCUACAACCAUUUUCAUUGUGUAAACAUUUUCACCAGUUCUGUGUCAUAAUGUGAACAUUUUCAUCCAUAUUGCUUCAUUGUACAAUUUCACCCAAUUUUCAUCAUUGUUGUCAUGAAAGUUGAACUGGCCCAUUUGCUGUGACUACUAAUAAACUUUGUACAGUUGUUAGUAA